UAGUGUGUAUACACAACGGAACGUACUUUUUAUUGACAGUUGACAUACGACGCAAGUUAUUUAUCCCUUUUUAAAGUCUACAAAGUAAAAGUAACCUUGUUUCUCCAUUUUUUAACAAAAUAAAAGUAUAAAAUAUGGAAAACGACGCUGGAGAAACUGUUGAUUUAUACUGUCCAAGAAAAUGUUCUGCUAGUAAUAGAAUUAUUCACGCUAAAGAUCAUGCUUCGAUCCAACUAACCAUCGCCGAUGUAGACCCAGUAACAGGAAGAAUGACCGAUGGUUCGAAAAGUUACGCUCUUUGUGGAGCUAUCAGAAGAAUGGGAGAAUCAGAUGAUUGUAUCGUAAGGUUAACCAAAAAAGAUGGAAUUCUAGCCAAGAAUUUUUAAUGUCUUAAGACUUUGAUGAAGAAGUUGUUUAUGGAAUGAUCUGUAUACUGAUUUCUUCAUUUAAUAAACGUAUUUUUAAAAGUU